CCAUCACACACGGCCGCCUUCUGCAUCGUCACCGCCGGAUUCCUGUCUGAAUCCUUCUACCAGGCAGGCUUCCUGUGCUCAUGUUCGUGGAGAAAGUUCUGAGGAGGCUUUUCCCUAGUGUUCCCUGUGGCCAAGAAAAGAGGGUACCCAUGGCUCCAGCUUCUGGAAACCCAGCCGAGAGGGUGGCCACUACGGACCUCAGGGGCAGGAGUGCCACCACCUUGACAGGUGGAGACUCCAAGGUCCCUCCUCGAAGGCGGCUCUACACGGCGAGUUUGCCUCCUGAGGGGUACGUCCCAGCCCCCCCAGAGCCGCAGGCCAGCCCGGCCUCCGAGGACAGCUCGGGCAGCGAUGACGCGGGAAAAGGAUGCCCCCUCUCAGAUCAGGAUUUUCACGAUCAACCAAAGAGAAGAAGAGCUAGAAAGCAUAAAUCAAAGAAAAAUUCUAAAGAUCCCAAUAAUAUUCAUGGAGAACAAGAAGAAUUAGAGAAACAGCAGAGUCUUUUGCAAGAAAAAUUGCAGCCACAGUGCACAGAUGGCCCCACCAUCAGCAGAAAUAAAAAAAGGAAACUGAAAAAGAAACAGCAAAUUAAAAGGAAAAAAGCAGCCGGCGUGAUCACCAAAGCUUCUGGCGUCAACUUCCUGUACCAGCCUGAGCAGAGCGACAGCGAACGCGACGUCGAGCAGCAAAGUGAUGGUGGGGACGGAGCAGACGCCCGCGGGGGGGAUGGCGCAGACGCCCGCGGGGGGGAUGGCGCAGACGCCCGCGGGCACUGCAGUACAGACACCGGUGAGGAAAACCAUAAAGACAGCAAUGAGGAAGGUGUUAAAAGUAUCAAUGAAAAGGCGGCUGGUAUCCUGAACUUUCUAAAGUCAACACAAGAAAUUUAUUUUUAUGACGGUAUCUGCCAGGAUCCAGGCUCGGCCGUCCUCCUGGAAACCACUCAGGAGCUAUUUAAGCAUCUUGACGGUCACGGCCUGUCCCCCUCAGAUGUGCUCCUGCUGGAUCACAUGAAAAGCCUGUUACUUCUGCAAGAUACCCAAGGGCUGAAACGAGCCCUCGAAAUGUUCCCGGAACGCUGCGCACUGCCGCCAGACCAUGCCAGAGUGCUCGUGGCCUUCUUUAAUUACUGGAUCACACAUGUCCUUCCUGAGAAACAGUGA